AUGGUCCACAUCGAUUAUAUGAUGGAUCCCGGGUGGCCGUAUCUCCGUCAAGCUGAAGACUUGGCUCUCAAGGUUUGUGUCCAAAGCGAACAGAAAAUAUUGAAUGAUAGCGGAAGAGUCAAAUGGGGACCAUCUUCAUCCCCAAAGUUUCGUAUUAUCGUACGACAAAAUAUGGAUUAUUUUUGAUGAAGUUCGCUCGCCCUAGAUUUUUUUUUGUUGCCAAAAGGUUCUGUAAAAAUCAAGGAUUUAAGUAAAAGUUUGAGAUUAUAUUUCAAAAGUUGAAAUUUUCCCAGAGACCAGCUAUUACAGCAUGAAACAAAUACUCUCAAAUGGAUUUAAUAUGAUAAAUUCCCCUCUUUUUUUUUUUCAACCUCUAUUCCCUUUUUCAAAACAAAUUUCUAUCGAAAACUCGCAAAACAAGGAAAAUAUAUAUUUGUUUGUUUCGCUGACUUCUGUUAUUUAGUGAAACUUGAGCUGACUUUUAAAUAGAGAAAAGUGGGAAAAACAGUUGACAUAUGGGUAUAAUAAAGAUAACGAAGUUCCAAGUCAAAAAAAGUAGCAAAUCAAAAAUUUUUUUAAAUUUUAUUUUUUUCUUGGGUCUACGAUGGAAUGGUGGGACAAGCCGUGAGAAAAAAACGUUUCGAAAAAUAGAAGAUACUUUUAGAUUAUUUUUUUUCCUCUUCUCCUUCAAGGGAGCAGUUAAACGUGGCUCCAUCUAAUUACAUAACCUUUUCAAUAGGAAUACAAAAAAUUAGUUACAAAGUCCAUUUAAGGAACAAGCCGCGCGUCGGUUCGACAACAAAACGCACGCCUGGGUUCCAGAUGCGCAGGAAGGCUUCGUCGUCGCCUCGAUCGGCGUCCAAGAAGGCGUCAAUCUCACGCUCACCUUGCCCGACGGAUCUCAAGUGAUUGCACUAAUCAGAGCUUCGUAAAAGAAAAAAUCCAAUCAAAGAAAUAACCAAAAUAAUUUUCCUUAAAAUUUCAACAAAAAAAAUUUCUGUGAAAAAAGUAAUUUUUGAAAGAUAGAGGCCAUAGAACGGUUUUAAUCAUGAAAGUUGAUAUUUUCAUCAUAACCCAUUGAAAAAAAAAUGACAAAAAACGAUAGCGGCAAAAAGAUUCGAACCUUCAUCAUGAGCAUCAAUAAAACUUAUAAAAAUUAUAAUUCCAAAGAAAAGUUUGCGCAGAUAGCGGCUGUGGGGGAUCGAAUCCCAGUCCAUCAAAGAUUGUUUGAGCAAAUUUAUAGAAAAUUCCAAACUCUAAGUGAAAAUGACCUUCUAUAUGAGUUAGAUUCAAUUUUCUGAGUCAAUAACUUUUUUUUAAAGUUUACUAGAUUAUUAACAAGGCUCGCUAGAUAAUUUUAGAAAUCAUCCCAAAAAAGUUCAGGGACAGUAUUCGGCAAAAAAAUUUAGAAGAUUCGUUGCUUGACUCCUCCUGUAAGAACAAAUCCGAAGAAUUCACGAGGCAAAAUUUAUCUCAUCUUGUGUGAUUGAUUCAAGCUGUUAAUCCCAGAAAAAGCUAACAACAUCCGAAGUCCAAGAGAUCAACCCGGCAAAGUUCGAAAAAACCGAGGACAUGUCGAACUUGACGUUUUUGAACGAAGCGUCGGUGCUGCACAACCUCCGCCAGCGCUACUACUCCAUGAUGAUCUAUGUGAGGAUCGGAAAAAGUCUGAGGUUUCGCAAGAAAAUCUCGUGAUUUCUCAGACGUACUCGGGACUUUUCUGCGUUUUCAUCAACCCGUACAAAAUGCUGCCGAUUUACACCGAUUCCGUGGCCAACAUGUAUGUCAACAAGCGGCGAGCCGAAAUGCCGCCACACCUUUUCGCCGUCUCCGAUGAGGCUUUCAGAAAUAUGAUGUCUGGUGUGUUUCUCGGGAAAGAAAAAAGAAAAGACAUUUUAAACCUUGGCCGAGUUCUAAAACCAAAACUAAGUUCAUAAAACGUAUUGAGUUCGAAAGUGUAAACUUGCGAUGAAUGUACGAUUAAAACAAGUAAUGAUGAAUUUUAAAAGUUAUGAUAAAAAAAAAAUAGAUUUUGGGCAAAUCGAAUUCCUUGAUCUUGCCUUAUUAAUUAAUAAUUUAGUCCAGUUAGCACAAAAAUAGUAUGGUUUUUUUUUGUUUAGAAUUCGAAAAACUUGAAUUUUCCAGACCGCGAGAAUCAAUCCAUGCUUAUUACUGGAGAAUCCGGUGCUGGUAAAACGGAAAACACCAAGAAAGUUAUUGCCUAUUUCGCAAUGAUUGGCGGAGGGUCAAAGGUCGAUGGGAAAGCUAAUGUAAAUGAGAAGCUUCAGUUGAAUCUCAAAAAUUGGAAGUUUAGGAGUCCUCAUUGGAAAACCAAGUUGUCCAAGCCAACCCUGCGAUUGAGGCGUUUGGAAACGGCGCAACAACUAGGUAUACAUUUUCUUUUCAAAAAGAAAAAAGGAAGAACAAGGGCAACAGGCCAACUCCUCAAGACAAUAAUGGAAUAGAGAGAAAGCAGGAGAAAUCCGUAGAGAUUCUGUUCUUUUCUGGCGUCUCUUAAAGCCGCCUAUGAUCAUUCACAAUAUAGUUUUCAAGAAACUACAAUUCGUCUCGUUACGGCAAAUUCAUCCGAAUUCAUUUCGACCGUAAAGGACGAUUGGUUGGUGGAGACAUCGAGCAUUGUAAGUUUCAGAGCAACGAAAAAAGACAACGAGAUAAAAAACAAUAAUAUUCAGACCUACUCGAGAAAUCUCGCGUAAUCAAGCAGGCGCCAGGAGAGCGCUCCUAUCACAUCUUCUACCAAAUCAUGACACAGAAGAAUCUUAAGGGUUUGAACUAACGAAAUUAGUGACGAUGAUAGGAAAAUGUUGAAAAAAAUUGAGGGAUGUGCCAUGUUUGCCAACUGGGAGAAAAGUUGAGAGAUAAAAAGAGGCAAAAAAGCGAUUCGCAGUCAGCAGGAUUCGAACCUACGCGGGCAGAGCCCAAUUGAUUUCGAGUCAAUCUCCUUAACCACUCGGACAUGACUUCCACAGGCAUUUGAAAUCAGCGUUUGCAGCUAUUUUCCUCUUACGGCGGCAAACAUAUUACACGUGUUGACAGGGAAGGUCAGUUUAACUUGCGGUUGGGAUUUUCUGAGAAUUCGCCAUAAAACUCCUUGAUGUAUCAGAUGAAGGUUUAGAAGGUUUCAAAAUUCUUAGUUUUCGAAAAAUAAGGGACUAAAGCCCCAAAAUAGCCUAUUGAGGUUUUUUUUUUCGACUUCGAGGCGCCCUUUCUCAAAACGAGGAAGUUGUGCAGUUUCAGAAUCUUCAGUUGGUACAUCAAGGAGCCUUAUGGCCGAUUUUCAGGAAAUUCCUAACUGCAAAGUAAAAUGACCUCUCUUGUGAUGGAAAAAAACUCUAGCGCUGGCUUGAUAAAGAUCCCGGAUAAAAAUAGAGACAAAAAUUCGAUUUCAGAGCGCUACCUACUCUCCGACGACAUUCGUCAGUACAAGUUCGUGUCGCAGGCCGAGAUUUCAGUGCCAGGAAUGGAUGACAAGGAAGAAUGGGGCAUCACGGACGUCAGCUAGUUUCCCCGGAGCCUUCUGAAGUGUCGUUUUCAGAACGCCUUCUCCGUCAUGGGCUUUUCUGAUCGAGAGAAAGACGACCUCUACAAGUUGUGCGCCGCAAUCAUGCACAUUGGUAAUUCGACGUUCAAGCAGAAGCCGCGCGACGAACAGGCUGAAGUCGACGACAUGACAAGUUGGUCUAAGAGGAUAUUUGUACAAAAAAGGAGCUAAUGGAUCUUGGCAAAAAGCCAAAGUUGAGAUUCUACCAAGUUUACUGAUGAAGACCUCAUACAAAAUGGAAGAAACCCUAAAAAGAUCUGAACUUGGCGACCUAAUGCGUAUGAUCUUGCAGAGAAAAUAAAUAAUAUUUAAAAAAACCAUUCUUGUCCAAAAGACAGAAUUUUAGAAAAAUCGUUAUGACUUACAAAAGUCCAAAAAUAAUUAUAUUGAGGCCCAACCAACGCUUGCAAACUCUUUGGAAUCAACGUGGAGCAUUUCUUGACGGCGCUGACAAGGCCAAAAAUCAAAGUCGGUACCGAAUGGGUCAACAAGGGUCAGAACGUCCAGCAGGUAAACUUCAUAAAUCAAAAGUAUUGCUUAAAAAGCCCCGAAACCGUUCAGAAUUGAAUUAUCGAAGGGAAUUACCCUCCUAGCUCAUUUCGUGCUCAGAGAGCGAAAUUCAAAAAAGCCGUCAAAGAAUGUAAAAGAUAUCUAUAUUUUGGAUAGUUAAAGAUAAUUUUGAAUCUCGGGGAAAUUACUUUUGAAACGGCAUCAAAACACAAAAUUAAACAAAAGUCCGUAAAUAGGAGUAGUCCUUGGUGAAAAAAAGGCUAUAGUCGAAUCACGGCUAACUUGGGACGCUGAGGGGGCGUGGCCUGUCUGCGCUCUCGACCAACCAGGCACUGUCUCUUUUAUUAUCGUGUCAGGACCCUUUUUUCGAAGGCCCAAGCCAGCCGUGGAUCAGCUCUACGGAACCGUUGAAAACUGAAUUUUCGAACGGAAAUGUGACCCCUCUUCUCAGUUAGAGCUUGAAAUGCAACCAACAGAAUGUCAACAAAAAGCCUUCGUUAAAAAAAACAUUCCGAAACAGGUCGAUUGGGCGGUCGGGGCGCUGUCGAAGGCCAUCUACGCGAGAAUGUUCACGUGGCUCAUCAAACGAGUCAAUCAGACGCUCCGAGCCAAACUCGAAGACUCCGUCUACUACAUCGGCGUCCUCGACAUUGCCGGCUUCGAAAUCUUCGACGUGAGCCCUCGCGGCGGGAAGUCUUCGUGAUCUCAUUGAUUUCAGCGCAACUCCUUCGAGCAGCUCUGGAUCAACUUUGUCAACGAGAAACUCCAGCAGUUCUUCAAUCAUCACAUGUUCGUCCUCGAACAGGAAGAAUAUAAGCGGGAGGGCAUUGAGUGGACUUUCAUCGACUUUGGGCUCGACCUCCAAGCUUGCAUCGAACUCAUCGAGAAGGUUUGCAGGGAAAACAAUCAACGUAGUUCAAAAUAAAAUAAUAUUAAAACUCUCUACAAAACUGCUAAAAAAGAUAGGAAAAAACAAAGGUUUUGAAGCAAGGAGGCUGAAUUUUGAUCUAAUUUUGUAUAUGGUAUUUUUUUGGCAGAAACGAAAAGUGAGGACCUGGCGUAGAAUGGACUAUAACUGAAAAAGUUUCACAAACCCCAAUUAAUUAUUUAAUAAAAAAUAAACUCCAAAUUUCUGACUCUUUUUCACAGAUAAAACUUUUUUUCUUAGUUUUUCAUUUUCAGUUUUCACCCACGAUUAAUAGUUUUCAUCCACGACCCUAACUUUUUUUGAAAACGAAACCAAAAUGCAUUUUUUACAAAGGACUUAUUUUGGUUGAUUCAGCUUAUCGCCGCAAUUUUAAUGAGCUUGGAAGCUCUCUGCUCAUAAGGUGAUUGAUUUGAAAAUCAUUUAUAUCAUCUAUUUUUUUUUUUGGACUUUUGCCAAUCACGACCAAAAAACAUGUAUGAAAAAUUAAAAAAAUAAAACGCACCACAUCUUACGACAGCUUCUCAUCUCCUUUUUGACAUUUUUCCUUGGAAACUUUUCGGAUCGUUUCCCUGACGUUUUCUCUUCGUAUUCGUCCAUUUCGCAGAUUUCUUCUUCAAAAAAAGUUCCCUUGGACAUAAAGAAUUAUUUCAAACUUUUCACAGCGCUCCGAGACCGUUGGAAUCGACCGGAAUAGAGUGAUUAGUGGCGGAACUCAUGACGGUUGCCGCCGAAUUUUUUCGUCGCUGAAAAAAAAUUGAACGAGAAGGAUCGAAAUUUUGUAAAAUUUUCAAUUUUCAUCGUUUUUUGAGCCUCAACCUUGAAACGGCGGGCUCUGAUAUGGAAAAAAAUUUUAAAAAAAAAUUCAUUUUUUGAAUUGUUUAAGUUAGCUUUUUUUCCUAUGCUAAUUAUCAUCUUCACCGAGUUUUUUUUCAACGAAAAAUUUUUUUGAAUUCUUAUUUUUUUCUAGGACCUCAUUCAAGUUUCCCAACUUCUGAUUGAUUCUACCAAUAGAAGUAGUGAAAUAUCUGUUAAAGAUAGCCAAAAAAUUCAGAUCUUACCAAAAAAUAAAUAAAUCCAUUUUACGUUUAUAAACGUUGAGAUUACAUACAUACUUCCACUUGAAGUUUCAAGUUUUCUGAAAAAUCUCUCCAAAACUUAAUGAAUUCCAGCCACUCGGAAUAGUUUCAAUGUUGGACGAAGAAUGCAUCGUUCCGAAAGCCACUGACAUGACCUACGUCGACAAACUGACAACACAACAUCUCGGCAAACAUCCCAACUUCCAGAAGGUUGAAAGCUUUCGAAUAUCUUUCAAAAACUGUAAAUAGGCGAAAGCACCCAAGGGAAAACAAGCCGAGGCGCAUUUCGCCAUCGUUCACUAUGCUGGGACGGUUCGGUACAACGCAGAACAGUGGCUUGACAAGAAUAAGGUACUUGCAUUUCAAAAAUUUUUGUUACAUCAAAACAGUUAUAUUUAACGAAAAUCAAACAGGUGUGAAUUUCCAAACCCUACUAACGACUUAUUCGAGGAGUCUCUUUUCUCAAAGACAUUAAACUUAAAUAGAAAAAAGCUACUCCCAGGAUCCUCUUAACGACUCGGCCGUGGCUUGUCUGAAAACCUCAGACAAGGAGGGAAUUCUCUAUCAAAUUUGGGAAGACUACGUCACUGAUGUCGACCGUGAAGAGAGCGAGAAGAGAGGUAACGAUAGUCGUAUCACAAAUUUCAGAAGAGUUAACCACAGAAAAACUAACUUUCCUGAAAAUUACGAUAGCCCGUCUGAAAAAUUUUACGUUGAGGUUCACUUUUUGAAAUUAUUUUCAGCGUUGUCAUUUUCUAUUCGAGAUCAUGACUACAGAUUAUUAAAAGAGCUAAUAAAAACCUCAGAUCCAAUAUUAUGGCCUUUUUUUUUUACUAAAUCCUAAAAAUCAGGAAAAGGCCAGCAAACGAAGAAGAAGGGAAAGUCGGCGUCGUUCCUCACCGUGUCGACGAUGUACCGCGAAUCGCUCAACUCCCUGAUGACCAUGCUUCACACGACUCAUCCUCACUUUAUCCGGUAUUACUUAUUGAUUAGUUUGAAGGUCAAGGAACAAGUUUAUAAAGGUUUAAGAAAAAAAAAAGGCCCUCUCUUUCCUAUUAAAAAACCCACUUAUAAUACAAUAAUUUUAAGCUGCAUCAUCCCCAACGAGAAGAAGACCAGCGGACUCGUCGACGCUCCUCUCGUUUUGAAUCAGGUGAAUAUUACUCCCAGUUUACCUGACUUUUUUCUGCGUUUUACCUAUUCGGGCAAAGUCGAAAUGGUGGAUAAUGGCCGCAAAAAGGGAGAGGCCCAAAAAAGGUCGCAGAAAGCCAGCAAAAAAAGUCUCAUUAUCGAGCCUCAUUUUUCUAGAACUAUAAGGGCUCAACAAAUGGUGGAAAAAGGGAGAGGCAGCAAAAUUGGUUCAUAUGGUCGAUAAAUUGGCGCAAAAAGGGAUCCUUUGUCACUCUAAAAGGAAAAUUUCUAUGUAACCUUUUUCCACCCUUUCCGACUUUGCCUAAGUGGCAACCUAGCUUUUGUAUCACCAUCUGGAAAAAAUAGUGAAUGUCAAAAAGGAACUUCAAUGGAAACUGUUCUACUCUAAAUUUCCAAUUUCUCCCUGAAGUUUAUUACCUUCAGUUGACGUGCAACGGUGUUCUCGAAGGCAUCCGAAUCUGCCGGAAAGGUUUCCCUAACCGACUGAUUUUCGCCGACUUCCGUUACCGCUACGCCAUUCUGGCCUCCGACGAAGCGUCUGAAAAAGAUGCCUCUAAGGUUUUCGAUUCUAAAUUUUUUUUUUCGACUUAUCCAAAAAAUCUAGGCAUCGAAGGCAAUGCUGCGAAAGCUAGCCAAAGCCAAUCAAAUCAACGUCGACAACUUUAAAAUCGGAGCCACCAAGGUUCAAUUUUUUUCGUAGGAAAUUUUCUACCAAAAUGGAAGUUUUGAGGUUUUCUUCCGCGCUGGUAUGCUGGCGCGUCUGGAAGAACUACGCGAUGAAGCUCUGAGCAAAGUUAUGGUCAAGUUCCAAGCUGCGACACGCGCCUACUUGGCGUUGGUUAGUUUUAUGAACUUAAAACUUUUACAAGGGAAAGAGUUUUAAAUUGCGGUUGGAACUGGCCCCUCUUCAAUUUAGAUAAUGAUGAUUCUGAAACUCACAACCAGCAAAGCUUCCUAAAUUUUAAAAAAGAGGGGUCCAAAGCCCGAAAUUAGCUCAUUUCAACCGAUUUUGGGGUUUACUUUGGCCUUGAGGUGUCUCGAAAAAAUGUAGAUGUGCAGUUUCAGACUUCCUGAAUAUUUUUUCUGGUACAUCAAGGAGUUUUCCAGCCAAUUUUCGGGAGAAUCUCUCUACCGCAAAGUAAAAUGACCUUUUUUGUUAGUCAAACUUUUCUGAUUCUGUCCCAAACUCAAAGCAUUGAUUUUGAUUUUAAAACGCUAUUUUUUUUUGAUGAUUCCCCGCAACUUCCAUCUUUCACAACAAUAAGACGAACGUUCUGAACCAAUGUGCCAAGAGCAAAAAAAUUUUGGCAGAGCACUCGAAAAAUCUUUCGUCGGCCAGGUUUUGUUUGCGCGGGGGCCGCCGGAUUCUCAAGCCUAGCUUUGAAAGCAAGAAAAAAAAAUGAAGAAAAAAACUCGGCUGAAAGUCUGACCUUUUUUGGAUUUCAAACAGAUUUUUCUUUUUUGCUUAUGAAGACGAAAAUGAGAAAACGCUGAAAACGGAAAAAUGAUCGCUUUUUUGCAAAUUUUGGCUCACUUGCCAUUUGAAAACCUAUCACGAAAAUCAAAAUAAGAAAUUGAUCUUUUUUCAAAUAUUUUCCUUUCAUGAAUUUUUGCGUUAUUUUCGCUGAAGUGAUUUGAGAAGUCUCACAGAAAAAAAUUUAAAAAAAGAGAUAUAGACUUCUCGCCUUAAUAAUAUCUUUUUACACGAUUUAAUAACGCUCUCAAAAAUAUUUUAUUUGUUUCAAGUCACCUACAAACAAUUUUCUUGCAUUUUCGAAAUGAAAUUUUCAAACUUUUCAAUCAUCAGUUCUAACGUUGCACCGAAACUGUUUGCUCCGCCUAUUAUCGCCGAGACUUGCCCCCUCCAAGGAUCCACGGACUCCCCCGAAAUAUUGAUCUUUGUCGACUUUUUUCCUGUUGAUCUUUUGAAAUUUCCAUUGAUUAUGGCCAUUUUUCAGUGCGACUACAAAAGUCGACUCGACCGAGAAGACGCCUAUCCGUUGAUCCAAGAAAACGUUCGUGCUUGGAUUAAAUUGAGGUUUUCAUUUACAAAAAAUCGGUCACUUUGAAAAAAUUAACACAGAUUUAAAAUGAUAAAGUUUUUUACAUCAAAAAUCGUCUCACCUUCUUACAGAUCCUGGCCUUGGUUCCGUCUCUUCUCUCGCCUCAAGCCUAUGCUUAAGGGAAUGAAGUCGAACGCCGAAAUUGAAGCUUUGGAGAAGAAAUGCAAGGUCUCGCGUGCCAGCCCCGUGCCACCUUAAAAAGUUGGUUUAGGAACUGGAAGAAAGUUCAAAACGCGAAGAGGAACAACGGAAAAAAUACGCGGACGAAUUGCGGUUUGUUCAGAAAAGCGAAGUUUCGACGAAAUCAAAAAUUUUACAGAGCUAAAAUCGAGCAAUAUGAAGAAACGAAAGCCGCCUUAGAAAGAGAUAGAAUGAUGCUCGACAAGAGGAACAAAGAAAUCGAAGUUAGUUUGAUUAAAAUGAAAAUUGAAGUUUUUUUCAUCGCCUACUUUACAAGUUGCCGCGGUGGUGUAUUUCUUAUUCUGAAAAUCAGACAUCGGUCCCAAAUACAGCCACAAAUUGAUGAAGAGAGAAAACUGAUAGUGAACUAAUAAGGAAAAUAUGUCAAAAAAUAAAAAUAAAAAUAAAAAUCGAUGGCCUAAAAUGUUUUUGUUUUGCGCGUAAUUCCUAGCGUUUUACGUGCACACAGCGCACCCCUGCGGUCAAAACACCAGAUCGUCCACGCAAAAGGUAAAAUCGCAAAAAUAAAAAAAUAUUCUUUGAAUUUAUGUAAAAUCAUUAAAUCCAUUCAGGAACUCAACAGAAACCUGAAGAAGGAGCAGGAAUCAGCGUACGAGAACGCCAAAAAGGCUGCCGAGCUGGAGAGAGCUCGUGAAAAGGAGAAAAAAGAAUGGGAAGAAAAGGUUCUUCAAUGAAAUAAUUUCUUGUAUCGUCUCAUGUUUCAUUCUCUAUCACAGGACUUUCAGAACUCUAUCAAAGGUCUCUUUUUUAAUUCUUAUGUCGUGUUCAAUUUGAUUCCGCUAAAUGCAAAAUACCCGUUAGAGAAAGGAAAAGAUCACUAAACUUUAGAGAGUCAGAGAUAAUUUUGCAUUUCGCGAAAUCAAAUCGAACACGGCAUUAUCUUUCUGGCACUUAACAUUUUUAUGUUCAAGUUUUUAAUGUGGACGCUUUUAUUGAAGUUUUGAGAGAAGCCUGUGGUGCAAACGUUGAAGCGAAUCCCUUUGUUAUAAAAAUAAAUAAAUAAUGUGUCACAGGAGCGUCGUUUACAAAUGGAGGCGGAGAACGAGGCGAACCGUAACCGUGCGGCCAACGAAAAACUCAAGGACCAACUGGCGAGCCUGCAAACCGAACACGACAAGAUCCAGGCUCAACGCAAGGCUCAGGUUCCGUAAUCCUUCAAGUUAUUUUUUCCCCUUUGUAGGCUAAUGAGUAAAGGUCUUUGAAGUACAUUUUACAUGGAUCUUUCUUCGUCGUUUCAUUAUGGCUAGUUAGGGACUCAAAAAGACGUAGGCUGCGCUCUCCACCAACAAGACAAUGUCUCUUUUCUUAUCGUGUCAGGACCCUUUUUUUCGAUAAAUGUGAAUCAGCAAUGCUACCAAAGCUGGAAAGACAUAUAGUCUGUACAAAUUUUGAAUGUCAAGUAGAAUGACGUCAUUCGAAAACGCUCUGUGGAUGGCUCGCUCUCUGAUUGGCCUAUCGCUCCAUUAUGGGCGGAGCUUGGGCGACGACUUGACAUUCAAAAUCUGAACAGACUAUAAGUCAAAUCGAAAAGAAAGCAAAGUGGCUACUCGGUAGGUCUUUCGGCCCGGAACAUUUUAGGUCCUGUUUCGUAUCCUUUUCAGAUCCAUGAAGGUUUCAAAAAAGAUCUUUGCUCUUUAUUUGUAUGUUGACUGGAGUUACAGGAACACGUUAACGGCGAGCUUACCGACCAGGUCGCGUCCCUGCGGCAAAAAUACGAGAAGGCCGACGAGCAGCGGAACAAGAUGAAGGAGGACCUCGAUGCCCUCGACGACAAGUUGGCCGCCGAGCAGCGUCUCAACCACGAGAUGGCCAAGCGUGAGUUGAAACGAAUGGGAUUUUUAAGUCAUAACAGUAAGGAACUCAGUUAUAGCCAAUCCACGGUUAACUUGAGACGCAAAUGGGCUGCGCUCUCCACCGACUAGGCGCUGUCUCUUUUCAUUUCGUGUCAGGACCCUUUUUUUGAUGGCUCUAGCCAACCGUGAAUUAGCUAUAGACCAGGAGAAGGGACAGACUUACGGAAACUUACCAAAAUAACGAGUAGAAAUGAUUUUCAAGUAGAUUUUGCAUCAAUAAAAGCUAGUUUCAGUCUCAGGUUGAUAGUACUGACUUUAACCAAGUGAGACCCGGAAAAAGCGAUAGUUUUGAAAAGAUGUAUGAUUGAAGGUACAAAAGAUCGAAUAUUUCGCCUUGAAACAAAAAAAACCUCGAUGAAUCGAUUUUUGAAUAUAAAGAUAUGAGUCAACGCUUGAUUUUUCAAGGAUUUUUCAUUAUCGAUUAGCUUUCAAGAUGUUUUCCCGUAUUUUUUAGUCAAACCCCUAGAGCAAAGUCGAUAUGGUAGAAGAAUACAGCUAAAAGGAAAAGGCUCAAAAAAAAAAAUCCCAGAAAGACAGCAAAAUGGUCUCUUUGUUCAGCCUUUCAGAAAAUUGAAGGCUCAAGAAAUGGUGGAAAAAGUGAGAGGCAGCAAAUGCAUAAAAGCCGAUGAAAUGGCGCAAAAAGGUAGCGAAAAGUAACCUAAAAGGAAAAUGCCUAAUCAUUCUUUUUAGGGCUCUUCCUCGUUUUCCUAUGCAAUUUCUUUAAUAAUCAAUACGACUUUUAAACAUUGUUUUGGUACUUUCGCUACCGUAACCCGUAAAGGGGCGGGGCCACUAAAAAUCCUGUGUAACAUUUCAAGAGCUUGUGUAUUAGUGUGCCCACAAAAUAAGCUCAGAACACCCACUAGGGAACGUUCCCCCCCCGUUUUAACUUUUGCUGAAACUUUUGAAUAUUUGAAUAUUUAUUUCACUCCAAUACAUAAAAUAACAUGAGCUACAAAGAAAGAGGCAAAGUUGGGCAAGAAUUGUAUGGGAGUGAAAUGAGCACCGGUUUUAAUACGCCCUCACGAGCGAAUUUACCGGUAUAGGGAAUAGAACACGUAGAAGGAUUUUUGAUCACAGUAGACGUAAGGGAAUGUUGGAAAAGAGUUCUUCGUUGCUUAGCGAGUCGAGAAACUUUCUGAAACGGGUGGUAGACGUGUUAGGGUUGAAUCUUGAGCAGAGUCUAUUCCAAAGAGGAAUGACAGUGCUAAAAAAACUAUUAAAUCUGGAACCAGUCUGAAUCAAACGAAAAGGAUACCGAGGUGAACGACUUCUACUGAAAAACUUUUCUGCGCUAGGAAAGUGGUAAAUGCCCAGGACGAUUUUUUGAAGAGUUACUAGAGCAAUAGAAGUUCUCCUACGGAAAAACAUGAGUAGAACCGAGUACAUCAAGGCGAUGGGAGUAUGUGUCAAAGGAUUUAUUACGUCUCAUGAAAAACUUGCCUAGUAUAAUGACGGUAAGGUUUUUCAAGUAGGACGGAAAGUUCUGAAUUUAUAGGCGGUGAGAAGAUUUCAGAGCAAUAGUCAAGAUAGGGUCUAGCGUACAUGUUGAAUAGUAAAUUGUACUGCUGGAUGUUCAAGUGAGCAAAAGCUUUGAGCAGCUGUUUAGAUUUGAGAGUGGCAAUGUUGACUACAUGAUUAAUGUGAGGGCUGAAACACAAAUUUUUAUCGAUAAGGAGACCGAGGUCUCUGACAACAGUUUCAGAUCGAAUAGGUGAGCCAUUAACAUUGUAAACAUGUUCAGGAUUGCUGAAGGGAUCCCGAAAUAGCGCUUCUUUUGGCCUAAUUUGCGUAUUUUGCACACUUUGAUGCUCUAUAACUCGGAAACAAGAUCUAUUGCGAGAAUUUUUUUUUCUUGAUUUGCAAUCUGGGGGUCCUGAAGUACACUUCAGCAAAGUUUCAGCAAAAGUUUAACCGGGGGUAAAAACGUUCCCUGGUCAGUCUGAAAUUUCGGUUAAUCGGCUUUCUGAUAGAAGGUGUGUUAACCCAGAACUUCUUUCAGAAAACAAAAAACUGGAGAGUCAACUGAAGGCCGUUCAAACUCAACUCGAGAUUGCGUUGAGAGACAAGCACGAGUUCGAUUUGGACUGCAGAAAGUGCGUUUCUUUUUCUAGCGUUCUUUCAAAUAGGUCAAAAGCUAAAAAAAGGUAUUCAGACGAGAAACCGACGUUGGCGAGCUGAAGCGCAAAGGACAGUCCGAUGCGAAUCUCAUCGCGAAACUACAGGUAUAAAUAUAGCCCAUUCACGGCUACCUUGAAAAGGGGCGUGGCCUGUCUGCGCUCUCCUGCAACCAGGCAUUAUCUCUUCUUUAAUCGUGUUAGAACCCAUUUUUAGAUGGCUCAAGCUAGCCGUGAAUCAGCUACAUAUACUUUUUUCAAAAAAUCAAAAAAAAAUAACUCAGGCAAGCCUGAGAAGGUGCAUCGAUCGGAUUGAACAAUUGGAGGAGGAUUUGCUCGAGGAAAGGAAACUCAGAAUGAAGGUUUAUUCUUUCUUUUUUGACUAGAGAAUCAAUAAAUUCAGACUGAAAGACAACGAAACGAGCUUCAGUCGGAAUACGAUCUGCUUACGGAGCAAAUGGCUGAGGUUUUUUUUUGUAUUGGAAAAUCGAAAAUCAAAUUUUUCUCAGGCAAGCGGACAACUCACUGCUGAAACUCAUAUCAACAAAAUUCGGGCCGAGGAGGUUUUUUUUCGUUCAUAGUCGGAAAGGGUAGGAAAAACUCCAUGGAAGUGUUUCUUUUAAGGUGACAAAGGUUCCUUUUUUGCUGCCUUUUUGCUCUAAUUCAUCGGCUAUUAUGCACCCAUUUUGCUGCCUCUUUCUUUUCAGCCCUUUCUUGAACCUUUAAAAUCACAGAAAAAAUGAAAAUGGGACUCUUUUGCUGCCUUUCUGCGACCUUUUUUGAGCCGCCACUAUAUUCAGACUCUGUACGAGGGUCAUAAUUAUGAAAAUGAAAGAUUAUUUGAAUUUUUGAAUAUUUACUGCACUCUAAUACAUAAAAAAAUAAAAAGAUUGAAUUCAAAAAAAUGUGUUUUUUUUGAAAAAUUGAGAUAGAAUUUUCUGGUAUCCACUACAUAUAUUAUAACUAUUGAGCUGUUCAAAAACAGUUUUAAUGAAAUCUAUCAAAUAGGAACUUGAGAAAGCUUCAAGAAACACGAACAAAAAUAAAUACAGAUAUUUUAAUGUCCCAUCAGUACUUGACAAAACUAAUCAAGCAUCAUUUUCUUAACUAAAAAAAAUUCAAAUGUCUCAAUUUAUCUAACUAGUAAAGGUUUCUGAAGAAUGUGAAUAAAUACAAAACCGUCGAAAAAGAUAUGAAAAAAAUUAUUUUUCACAACUUCCUUGUAUGUAACUUCAAUAUUUCUGAAACUCUCAAAGUUGCGUUUUUUGCGGGCUGAAACCCCACCAGAGGACUACAAACAGUAGACAUCCAGAAGCUUUCAGUAAGAUUAAACUCUAUACAAAAAAUUAAGAAAUUUAUGGUCAAAAAGCUUUUUUUCGUAUCUCUCCUGAUGAUACUGUAUAAAGCAGUUUUUUUAAAAACUCAUGGCAACUGAAAUUUGUCAAACCAAUUUCAGCUGUCAAACUUGCGAAGGGACCUGCAGAAAAAGUCGCUGAACCAAGAAGCCUACAUCUCGGAUCUGUGCACGAUGCAGUACGCCACCGUCAAUAAUCUUCGCAAUUUGAGCCAACAGGUUGGAAAUAUUCAGUUUUAGGGAGCUUUUUCACUGAUUUUAUGGGAUAAGAAAACUUUUUUCUUGUGGCAUGGAAAACUAAUGUUUUUCUCACAAACAAAAAAUGAAAUAUUCUUUUUUUCGGGAGCCUACUAAGGAAUUCCAGAGUGGUCCAUAUGGGGUUAGGAGAACAAACAACCUCUAUAGGGGACGAAAAAGUGGUCCUUAAGCGAGUGGUCCCUAUAGGGGUUUAGAGCCUGACCCCUCAGCCCCAAAAGCUCAAGUGGACCCUAUGGGGGCUUCUCAAUUUAAUUCAAAAAACGCUUAUUUAUUCAGUUUUCCCUAUGGAAAUGCUUCUUCGCUUAGAUUUCAUGGCAAUUAUCGCCUAGCAUGUCCCCUAUAGGGACCACUUUUGCAAGCUUUAGUGGACCCUAUAGGGGUUGGUAAAGUUGUCGCUAGAGGGGACCUUACAAGGGCUCCUAAUGUUGCCCCUAUAGGGACCACUCUGGAGUUCUUAAGCACUUUUUGAUCAAAACUUCUGAUAGACUACAGGAAAAAUGUUUUCACCUUCAAAAAUCACCUUUUUAUAAAAACUUGAGCAAAGUUCGAAGGCUUCUUUGCUUGAACUUAGAAUCUCUUCAAAAUUAAAACUUGUUUUUUCCGAUUCAAAUUCUUGAUUGCAGUCGGCGUCGCUGGAAUCAGAAGCUCUGCGUAUUCUGGACGCCCGUCGCGCCUUCAACAAGGUGCCGCUUCCGCGAGUCUACGUCGACGACAGCGACGUUGACGAUUCCAUCUGA